AUGAGUCUAUUGAAAUCAAUCCAUGAAAUUGAUACACGACAAAAUCCAACAUUAACUGUAUUUGAUGGAUCUGGAGAUGAUGAAAGUAAAUUAGCAAAACAAUUUUGGAGUUCAGUCAUACUUAUGCCACCUGUUGAAUCAACAUUAACAUGUAAAGAAAUUAAACAACGUGCACAAACUCGAUCACUCAAUGAUGGAAAUAAUAAACCAAGAUAUACUACGGCUAUGUCUAAAGCUAUGCAAGAAAAAGCAAUGCGAGACAAAGAAUAUGAUGAAAUUGCUGUUUUAAAAGAAGCUGACGAUCAAGGAAAACGAUUGCAAGCUGCACGAGAACGACAAUUACAAGUACGUCAACUUUUUUAUAAACAAGCAACAACUAAUCGAAUCAAAAAUCAAGAAUGGGCAAUGCCACCUAUUAAUAAUUACCCUAUGAAUACUAAUCAACAUGGAACAGGAAUGUAUUAUGGAGAAGAAAUAGACAAUGAAUAUAAUAAUGAUGACAAUGAUCGACAAUUAGUUUAUUCUUUACCAGAUUAA